UCUGUCCUCUCUCCCUACCCCACGCCCUCCACCUCCACCUCGUCGUCCUCCUUCCUCCCCCGUAGUGGCGAGCACGCCUCGCCUCGCCUCGCCUCCAAUCAUUCGCCUCCCCAGUCCCCAAUCCCUCUCCGCCCCGUUUAGCCGAGUGAUUAAGCGAUUAAUUAAUCCACGGGCUCACCUCGCGUUCGCGGUUUCGCCCCCGCAAAGGGCUCGUUCCUGCGCUAACGGCAGCAGCGACAGCAACCGCGCGCUGGUUGUCUGGCUAGCUAGUCCUCCCCAUUCGACGCCGCCCGCGACCCAGCACACAUUUUCUUCUCUCUUGAAGCAAAAACCACCAAAGACUAGUCCGACAAAAUCUAGGGGUACUAUGGCUGUUUCAAUGAGGGAAGUGGAUCCUGUUUUUCAAGGUGCAGGUCAAAAAGAUGGAUUGGAAAUAUGGCGGAUUGAAAAGUUACAGGCUGUUCCUGUUCCCAAGGAAUCAUAUGGGAAAUUUUUCACAGGUGAUUCCUACAUAAUAAUGAAGACUACUGCCCUUAAAAAUGGUUCUUUUCGGCAUGAUAUCCAUUAUUGGCUCGGUAAAGAUACUAGUCAGGAUGAAGCUGGUACAGCUGCAAUCAAGACUGUGGAAUUGGAUGCUGCUCUUGGUGGACGUGCUGUCCAAUACCGUGAAGUACAGGGAAAUGAGACUGAGAAAUUUCUUUCAUACUUUAAACCUUGUAUUAUACCAGAGGAAGGUGGAGUUGCAUCUGGUUUCAGGCAUGCUGAAGUCAAUGAACGGGAGCAUGUAAUCCGAUUAUUUGUCUGCAGAGGAAAGCAUACUGUCCAUGUUAAAGAGGUUCCUUUUACACGAUCUUCACUCAACCAUGAUGACAUAUUUAUUUUAGAUACAAAAUCUAAAAUAUUCCAAUUCAAUGGAUCAAACUCAAGCAUUCAGGAGAGGGCUAAAGCCCUCGAGGUUGUGCAGUAUCUUAAAGACACCAACCAUGAUGGGAAAUGUGAAGUAGCUGCAGUUGAUGAUGGAAAGUUGAUGGCAGACGCUGAUGCUGGUGAAUUCUGGGGUUUCUUUGGCGGAUUUGCUCCUCUGCCAAGAAAGACAUUUUCUGAGCUUAAUGGGAAAGAUUCUGCUUUCACUUUAAAGUUGCUAUGUGUCAAUAAGGGCCAAACAAUGCCUAUUGAUUGUGAAAUUCUAACAAGAGAGCUACUAGAUUCAACAAAGUGUUACCUGCUAGACUGUGGAUCUGAAAUUUAUGUCUGGAUGGGUAGAGAAACAACUCUUGAAGAGAGGAAACGAGCAGGCUCUGUUGCCGAGGAACUGCUACAUGAAGGGAAUCGGCCAAAAUCUCAUAUUAUUCGCCUCAUGGAAGGAUUUGAGACUGUUAUAUUCCGAUCAAAGUUUGAUAAAUGGCCCAAGAAAGCUGAUGCAAUUGUGUCUGACGAGAGCAGAGGGAAAGUGGCAGCUCUUCUUAAGCGACAGGGAUUUAAUUUUAAGAGUCCAGCAAAAGCUGCUCCUGUAAAGCAGGAGCCUCAAGCUCAGAUUGAUUGCACAGGCAACUUACAGGUUUGGCGCAUUAAUGGUAGCGAAAAGACUUUCCUUUCAUUCUCUGAGCAAUGCAAGUUCUACAGUGGAGACUGCUAUAUCUUUCAAUACACCUACCCUGGAGAUGAUGGAGAGGAAUGUCUUAUUGGUACUUGGUUUGGAAAGAAGAGUGUCCAGGAGGAACGGAGUGCAGCCACUUCACUCGCUGACAAGAUGAUUGAGUCACUGAAAUUCCAGGCAAUUCUGGUUCGCGUUUAUGAAGGAAAGGAACCCAUUGAGUUUUUCCCAAUAUUUCAGAACCUGGUUAUAUACAAGGGUGGUACAAGUACUGGGUAUAAGAAAUAUGUCUCAGAAAACGGCAUUGAGGAUGACACCUAUUCAGAAAAUGGGGUUGCACUUUUCCGAAUUCAGGGUUCAGGACCAGAGAAUAUUCAAGCUAUUCAAGUUGAUACGGCAACAUCAUCGCUGAACUCUUCUUAUUGUUAUAUACUACAUGACGGAGAUACAGUUUUUACAUGGAUUGGUAAUCUAAGCUUGUCAAUGGACCAAGAGCUUGCUGAGAGGCAGCUAGAUGUGAUAAAGCCAAAUCUUCAGUCCAGAUUGCUCAAGGAAGGAUCAGAAUAUGAUCAGUUUUGGAAGUUACUUGGUGUCAAGUCUGAGUACCCCAGCCAGAAGAUUGUGAGAGAUCAAGAAAGUGACCCUCACUUAUUUUCUUGUACAUUUUCAAAGGGUGUGCUUAAGGUUAGAGAAAUAUUCAACUUUACUCAAGAUGAUUUAAUGACGGAGGACAUAUUUAUUUUGGAUUGUCAUUCGUGCAUUUUCGUAUGGGUUGGACGACACGUGGACACAAAAAUACGAGCACAUGCUUUGAGCAUUGGAGAGAAAUUUACAGAACUUGACAUUCUAAUGGAGAAUGUAUCACGAGAAACACCACUUUAUGUCAUCACUGAAGGAAGCGAACCCCAAUAUUUCACCAGGUUCUUCACUUGGGACUCUGCAAAAUCAGCAAUGCGUGGUAACUCAUUUGAAAGGAGGUUGUCUAUAGUGAGGGAUGGAGUAAAACCAAAAAUAGAUAAACCUAAAAGAAGGCCAACAACAUCAACACACACCGGAAGAUCCGGUGUACUUGAUAAAUCUCAACGUUCCAGAAGUAUGUCAUUCAGUCCUGAUCGUGUAAGAGUCAGAGGAAGGUCGCCUGCCUUCAAUGCAUUGGCUGCUAACUUCGAGAACCCAAAUACCCGAAACCUAUCAACUCCUCCACCAGUUGAUAGAAAACAACUUCCGAAGUCCGCCUCCCCUGAUUCUUCAAAACCACCUCCGAGGGCUGCUUCAAUUGCUACGAUUUCGGCUUCUUUUGAGCGUCCUAGGCCAACCCUGAUACCAAAGUCAAUUAAAGCGAGCCCUGAUGGAAACAAGCCCCAAACUGAAGCAAGCAAACCUAAACCAGAGACAAAUGGCAAGGAAAGUAGCCCUGCAAGUAAUAGUCAAAUUGCAACUCCAACGGUACAGGAGGAUGUAAAGGAGAGUCAGACAGAAGGUGAGGAAGGGCUUCCUGUAUACCCAUAUGACCGCUUGAGGACAUCUUCCACCGAUCCUGCCAGAGACAUUGAUGUAACCAGGCGUGAGAUAUAUCUGUCUUCCACAGAGUUCAGAGAAAGGUUUGGCAUGACAAAGGAGGCUUUUGCUAAACUACCAAAGUGGAAGCAGAACAGGCUCAAGAUUGCCCUUCAGCUGUUCUGAAAUCUGCUACUGUCAAGCAGGCUGCAUUUUUCUCUGCCUCGUCAAAUAACAACAAUGCGACUGGUUUCCAAAGGUAAACCUUCAUUUUUGUCGGCCACAGGCACUUUGAGAUCUCUUGCAGUCAAUGCAGCAGCAGUAAGAGUCAUUGUAAAUGUAUCCUAUCAGGGUAAGGGACCCUUGGUAGGUUUCAGAGGGGCAGGUCCAGUGAGUUUUUAGCUGCUCAUGCUCCUGAGAUGUGUUGUUCACUGAAUUUUUUUCAUGUUGUGCGACAAACUUGUGUCGGAUUGCUGCAUUAGCGAUCUGGUCACUAUAAUUCUUUCGUACUCAAGGUCACAGGUUUGGUUUUUUUGAGCUUGCAAACCUUUUUUGCCGUGAAGCCUCAUAUUUGGUCGAUUUUUUAAGGGUAGAGGGUUCCCCAGGAUCGUAAGGGCUAUAUAUAUGAUGUAAUUUAGGCAGCAGAACAUGUUGUACAAAAGAGUUUGUAAAAUAUUAUUUCUGGGGGAUGUAGUUUUGUAUUUCCGGUUUGUUUCCUUAAAUGAUCAUUUUGUGUAAUUUUUAUU